UCAAUGUCAAAGUUCAUAGACGAAACAGUUACAUUCACCAUUCACAUUCACAUCUUAGCUCAAUAAAACUUAUCGAACUCCCAAUUCUCUCAACAUGGACCAGAUGUUUCCCAACCCCAUUGAGCUGUUCGUGGUCCAGUUCGUCCAGCCCAUCAUAGAUGGCCUGGCCUAUCUUAUGAAGGAGGUCCACUACUUUGCCUUCAUCGCCGCAGUCGCCCUUCUAGGAAUCUUUCUGGGACUGGUUUUCGGCAUCAUAUGCGUCAUGUGGUACAAGUCCACACGCGAAGAGAAAACUGAGAAGGUCUUCACAUCCGAAGAGGGUCAGGCCGGUGACAUGAAGAAGAAUGAAUAGACUGAGAAUUUUGAUGUUUCAAGUUUAAGAAAAUCGUUUGUUUAUGCAGCCAAAUAAAGCAGAGCUUGAGUUCA